AUGGAGCCGGACGGCCGUCCUCGAUUGGCGCACCGGGACCAUCGAGAGCAAUCCUCCCUCCGGGCAAAGCCGAAGCCUCGUCGUCGUGUCCUUCGGAGUAUAGCCAUUGGCAUUGCUGCUUCAGUGACUUGUGCCUCCUGGUUUGCAUGCCAAUUAGCACUUUGUUCGCGACCAGGUUUGUUGGCUCCGUUCAGCGCCCAAGUCAGGCGCAGGAGGCUGAACGAUGAACCAUCUCGGCUUCGCCGGCUAGUUGCAUCAGCGCUCCUCCCCGGGAAGUAUCGCUCGCUUACAAAGAUUCGACUGAGAAAGGAGCUGUUUCUCGAGUACCUGAUUGUUGCAGGCGGCGGCGGCGGAGGGUCGGGCGGUGGAGGAGGUGGAGGUGUCCUCAUGGGCAAGCAGAAGCUGGAUCCAAGCAAGGCGUUGAAGGUGGUGGUGGGGGCCGGAGGCAACUUCGGCGGCGGCGGACACGGAGCGCUUUUGGUUCCUACAGCUGGCAGUGACUCUCAGCUUGGUGAGGUCGUCGCAAAGGGAGGAGGCCAAGGAGGUGGGGGCUCGGACAUCAGCAAGCCUGGCGGGUCAGGAGGCUCCGGUGGUGGCGGUGGCUUUGAUCGGACUACUGUCGCACGGAGUACGGGCACCGCAGGCCAAGGGCAUGGAGGAGGCAUAACGAAUCUGCAAGAAUACGGCGCCGGAGGCGGUGGUGGUGGUGCUGGUGAAGCUGGCGCGGAUGCCCCUCAAAAGUACUACGCUGGCAAGGGAGGUGACGGCAUUUCCUCAGACAUCACUGGCGCAACAAAGUUUUAUGGAGGAGGCGGAGGUGGAGGAAUCAAUGACAACACGGGUCAGCUUUUGACGGGUCGUGGUGGACUUGGAGGAAAGGGCGGCGGAGGACGUGGAAGUGACUUCGGCAGCAAAUAUCCGGGUCCCGACGGUUCCCAAUGGGAGUUCACCGGAACAGAUGGCGAAGCGAACACCGGAGGAGGUGGAGGAGGCACGGACCCGGAGUCGAAGUAUGCAGGCAUGGGCGGCUCUGGUGUUGUCAUUGUGCGCUACCCGGGCACCGCGCCGGUAUUGGUUGGCGGAGAAGUGGCAUCGGUUGGAGGUUACCAAGUACACACCUUUGCGAUUCCAGGAGAAGAUGCGUUGGCUUUCGACAAUGGCACAGAAACGCUUCCAGUUGACUUCCUGGUCGUGGCCGGCGGCGGUGGUGGCGGCUCCGGAGGUGGCGGUGGCGGCGGCGUCAUCAAAGGAUCCAAGAUGAUCCCAAAAGGGACUGAGUGGGGCGUUGUGGUCGGGGACGGUGGACGGUCCGGACAGGGCGGCUCUACCGGUGCCAGAGACAUGCAAGAGUCCAAGUUGGCGACGAAAGGAGGAGAUUCCAAGUUUGGGAGCCUGGUCGCUAUUGGUGGAGGGCAAGGCGCAGAUCAACGCAGAGUGCCGGGUGAUGGAGGCUCAGGCGGUGGUAUCUGUUACGAUUGCAACGAGGUGGAGCCGGGUCGCGGCACACCGGGUCAGGGCUUCCCAGGAGGCCAUACCUAUCGUUCCGGCUACGGUUCUGGGGGCGGCGGAGGUGGAGCCGGUGGUCGUGGUGAAACAACCCCUCAAUUGCACUUGGGCGGCAAGGGAGGUGAUGGCGUGUCCUCAGACAUCACAGGGACGCUGAAGUGGUACGGAGGAGGUGGAGGCGGCGGCGUGAACGACAAUGGCAAGGCCGCGGUUGAGAACGGCGGAGGAGCUGGUGGCAAGGGUGGUGGAGGGAAAGGGAGCGAUUGGGGCAGCACCACCGAUUCGAAUCCGGAUAAGUUCACAGGAACAGACGGAGAGGAAAACACCGGAGGCGGUGGCGGUGGGACCGAUCCCGAAUGCAGAGUGGCUGGCAAGGGUGGCUCGGGCAUCGUCGUUGUCCGGUACAAGAGCACGAAGCCUUUGCUGACUGGCGGCACCAUCACGACAUCUGGCGGAUAUCAGAUUCACACCUUCUCGGCAGUUGGCCCCAGUGAGUCGCUCAGUGCAGGAGAGGUGUUUGAAGCCACAGAGGCACUGAGCCCAUCAGACGAUGGUAUAGGCUACCUCAAAGUGGCCGGUGGCUGGGUUUUCGAUCAGGGCAUUGCUGGGCGAUGGCGCGGCAAAGCCAUUGUUGAAGCAAUCCAGGUGACGACAGAGCCGGAUCCCGUGCCUUUGCCACGGGAUGCGGCUCUGAGUCCAGACGAUGUGACGACGUCGAGCUCAGCCAAAGUUCCGGAGAACAUGGCAGAGGAGCCAAAGGCUGCAGCUCCGGCUGCGGCUCCGGCAGUUGCUUUGGGCACGGCAAGGGUGGAGAUGGUGAGGCUGCCCGACGAAGUUCUUGGAGCCGGCUUUGAAUUUGUGCGGUUUGAAGUUGCUAAGGGGCGGCAGCCUCUUACCUUCAUGCUCGGCUCUGGCUUUCCCACAAAUGCACUAACGGAGCGCGGGCGAGGGCUGAUUGAUGUCGAAGGUGCAAAGUUCACCGGCGGCUGGCUCUCGGAAGCCCAGGCCGCCAACAAAGUCAGCUUGCAAGACGUGCGAUUCCUGGAGACAGGUUCCACAAUUGCUGACCUGGGCGAAUGUAGCACUUUGGACUUUCCCCAGGCGCAGCUUGCAGAACAGCUCGGGAUUGAGGUGCACGGUAUUUUGGGCAAGCCCUUCUUCACACAGUAUGACGUCGACAUUGACCGAUAUCGUGCCCGCGCCGAUAUCUACACGCCAGGAGACGCCGCGUCGCAAGGUUUCUACAGCGGUGUGAAGCACCUCCCUGGCAUAGAGCUGCCGCAGAGCCAGCUGGGGCUUGCUGUCAAGGGAGCUGCUAUGAGUGAAGAGGGCGAUCUUCCGGUGACACCGUCUUCCUUCAUUGGCCUUCUGGACAGCAGCGCAGCCCACACGGUGCUGAAUUGGGAGGCUGCCAAGCUCUUCGGUUUCAGUGGUCCGUCCGACGUGCGCCUCACGUCUGCAGCGAAGGUCUUGGCCGCAUCCGCAGAUGGACAGGCUGAGGAAAUGCCGGUGACUCGAGUACGUCUGAGCCUUUGCAGCGUUCCGGAGGGAGUUGGGCCUAAGAUGAUGUCUGUUUCGAAGGAGGAAUGGGAGGCGAAAGGUGGCAACGGUUGGUUCUUUGCGGACCUCAGCGGCGGCGACGAGUGCGUCGACUUCGGCGCCAUCGAUGUUGCUAUUGGAAAUCCUCUUGGGCUUUCCGUACUAGAAGACUCAAAAAUCGGUCCAUUCAAAGGUGCCGCUGCAAUCAUUGGUCAAGAUGUGUUGUUCCAGGCCGACCGCGUGGUUAUGAACAUGAAGGACAGCCAGAUUUGGCUUCAACCCGGUGAGAUCAAGGUCAAACAUCGAAUUCCUUUGGUGUCUUCGUGUCGGCAUCGGAUUGCCAAGGCAGUUUAUGAGGCCGCGCCAACUGCUGCCUUGAAACGGCUGCCGCCAGAGCCGAAAGGCAGCCAGCACAAAGACGCUGAGACCUUCUUCAUUGAUCUGGCGCACCUGUUUGGUGACCCAGAGCACGCGCUCGAGAAGCUGCGGAAGGUUUCUCCCCUGGACCGUGCCACAUACACGCGCGUUGCAGUGUUUGGUUUCGCGAUCCUCCACUUGCCAACUCUGAGUGACAUGCUGAAGGAGCUCCCAGACGUGCAAGAGCUGGUGUUGCCAGACCUGAAGCUGGAUGAAACGUCGCGGCUGCAUCUGAAGCAUUUUGCCCUGGAGUCUCAGCUGUCACACAGCACGAAGAUCACCUUCCUCGACCGCGUGGAGGUGAGCGUCUGGCAGCUCUUCGGUAUUUCGACCGACUUCUACUAG